AAACCUUCACCUAGUGUGUGCAAUUUAGUAUGAUUUGUUCGCUCCCAGGUCCAAAACCGCUCGCUCUCGAGCCAUGCGUGUGGCGUUGAUCCGGUUCGCGCCGUGAGUUGAAAAAACGAGUGAUUGGAUUGUGAUAAAACAGUGAAUUUUUCUGGAAAAGAGAGAGUGAUGGCUCUAUCGACAAGAUUGGUGUUUAUUGUUUCCGUGUUUGUGCUUUUGUUUGCAUCGAACGUUCUCGUCACUGCACGCCCGCAGGAUGAGACGAAAGAGCUCACGCCCGAUCUGCAAUCUCCUCCAGACGAGAAGAUCAGCGAAAGCUCCCUGACGGAUGACUACGUGAACUGCCCUCCUCCAGAAGAUACGGCUGCAGAAGAACAGCUUGAUAUGUCGUCACCUCCUGUGGCAGAGGAAAAGGAGCAACAGGAUGUCACUCGUGGAAAGUUUGAAGACUUUGCUCCACCCGUAAAGGAGGUGAACGGUCGAGUGAUGAGACCUCCGGGGAUGCGUCCACGUGGGAAUCCUCUGGAUGAUCUGGAGAUUAUCAACGAUCAAGAAGACGUGGAGCUGCUUGACAUGUCGGAAAACCUUUCCGUCGGUGAUGUUGGAAAGGUGUUUGAAGAGGCCGCUGACACACAGGAAGCUUCUGGAGAUGAUGAAAUACAGGUGGAGGACACACAACGCGAAGAGCCUAAGAUCCCCCAACUAAUCCACGUUCCAGUUCAUGAGCAAAACAUCCCACUGAAUGAAGGCGAUGAUGGUUGGUACGAUGUGGACAAUGGAAAAGGUCCUAUCAAGCAUCUGAAAGCGCAAGUCCUAUACGAUCUGGAGGAAGGUGAAUCCAAAGCGCAAGGUGUGAAGAAGUACCUGGACCAACAUCCGGAAGAGAUCACUGUGACCUCACCCAACUAUCCGAACCCUUAUCCGAGCGUUGUUGAUGAUAUGCGAAAUUUCUCGGUCGAUGGUGGGCGCGGAGUGCAGAUCACGAUCCAUGAUAUAGAUCUUGAUCCCACCACUGACUUCCUGUUUAUACGUGCUGGUAAUCUGGAAGACACGCUCGAGAAGGGUCCGGUACUUACGGGCAUGUACCAGGAACCGUUGCGGUUUCUCAUACCACAGUCGACCUUCUUCACCAUUCACUUCGUGGCCGGACAAGAAAAUGGCACGGAACAGAGUCACCGAGGGUUCCAGCUUUCGUAUGCACCGUUCGGUGAGCUAAACUCUCCCACGACACCGACCACAACGGAAGUGAUCGUACCGCAGGAGGAGCUACAGUGGACGACGAAGGAAAUUGUCAUCACGCCGGCAAUGAUGGAUCUGCCGAGCACGUGGGCCGAGAUUAAGGAAGCGCUUUCGAACGCCAGCAACCAGUACAUCGAAAAUCGCACCCUGUCGUACAUGCCGAGCCGCCCGUUCGAUGUGAAGCUUCUCGCUCGCAAGUGUCCCGACACGUGGAGGAACUACGAGAACUGCGUUAGCCUGGAGUUUGCCGUACCGCUGCGGCCCAUCUUCUACGAACCGUCGGACGAUGACGAUGGGUUGGAUUUUGGAUUUGGGAACAAGUUCCUGCAGAAAGGUUUCAUAUCGAUCUCUACCACCGAGGCGACCGAGCCGCAGUACGAGCUGGAUGUGGCGAGGCUGGACGAAAUGUGGGAAGAGUAUGGUCAGAUGGCGUUACAGCGUGCCGGCUACGAGAUGUACAUUAUGCCCGAGAGCAAUCGCAUCCUGCUGACGUGGAUCGGCAUCAGUCUGGCGAUCGUGGGCACCUUCCUGUUCGUGCUGUACAUGAUAUGGAAGAUCGACAUCUUCAAGGACUAUCGCAGGGUUUCACGCACCAGCCACCACACAACGGUGGAUGAUGAUAAGAACGAGCUGAAAAAGAAAGAGUUUGACAUCUCGAUGUUCCCGUCGCCGCACCAGGUAGUGCCGACCUUCUUCCCCACCGGCGAUCCGUACAAUGCGGCCGAAGCGGAUGCGCAGUACGCGUACGAUAACGCCACGAUGAGCCAGUGGCCGGAAGACUUCAACGAGCCGCGCUAUCCCGAAACAUCGUUCAGCGCUGGUAAUCAGCGAACCGGUCCGACGCGCCCCUACGAACCCGUCUCCCCGAUGGACCUGUCACCCGCACCGGUCGAUUUUAAUGCCUCGCCACGAUCGGGACGUCCUUCGGCCGGCAGCAAAAAUAAUCCAUUUUUAUCACCCCGCGGAGGACCACGAACGUCGUCCGUUGGCAACAUGCCGCCGCCACCCCCACCGCCCGGUAUGAGGUAAUAAACUGUGGAACGCGGUUAAUUAAAAAUAUGCGAAAUGAAGCAACGAAAGGGGCAAAUUCGAGCGAACAGAGUGAGAGAGAAAACUCUAUAAAAUAAAGUAACAAUCGAGAAGGAUUCAA